CAGUCUUGCCACGUCUUGCGUCUUGCCGCCGCAGCGUCUUCCGCUCGCCUGUGUGGCUCUGCGCCUCCUCGCUGGGUGGACCCCGAGUUUUCUCUCAUUUCUCUCCCGGUGCCCCAACUCCUGCUCUACUGUUUUUCUUAUAUUUGUUCCCCGUGUCUUUUCCAAGCCCCACCCACCGUCUCGAGUGCACCCAUUUUUCGUGUGUUUCGUCUCGUCACGGGCAGCCAUUUUCCUGGUUCUCGUCAGUCCGUGUGCCCUUCCCGCUGGUUUCAGUGUCUUUCCCCCCCCCACACUUUCCUCACACCCCUAGGCGGCUGUGCUGCUGUUUGCCAGCCCUCUCAGCAUUUGUGCCCCCGCGCCUCUCCGGGAUUCACGCCUUCUGGGGCUCUGAAGUGGCGGCCUCCUCCGUGUUCCUGGGGUAGCCCCACCUCCCUUUCCCUCCCCUGCCAUUGUGUUGUUCCCCUUUCUUGGCACACCCCGCCCUGUCGGCUUUGUUCUCUCUCACCCGCUAAGGUGGUCCCUUCCUUCCCCUGAGGGCCUCGCCUUUGCGCCCCACUCCUUAUUUCCCGACUGGCGACUCCCUCUCUGUCCAGCCUCCCCUUGAGAGGGACGGCCUCUCUGGCCGUUUGAUCCUUUUCUCCUUGAGCAUUUCAUUCCGUUUCUUUGUCUGGGUCACCUGUUGUGCUGAGGUCGUUGGGUCCAGUGAUUUGGCCUUAGAGGCCUUCCUGUGCCUGGCCUGGCCCCUUUGUGUGAUCCUUUGUCAGCCUUCAUUUCCCCGCCGGUGUCCCAUCUUUUCUGUGGCCCUUAGCCCCUUUGUUGUCCACGGAUUUCUGGGUCACAGAACCUGUGUACCCGCCAUCUGGACAGAAGAGGGUGGCAGAAGCGACCUCUAGCUGGACUUCAGCACGAGGGAGCAUUACCAGACAAGUUGGAAAGAAACUGAGCCAGAGGCAGGUGGACAUUCAGGGACUGACAAGAACCUAACGAGAGCUAGAUUGAAAUUGGUUCCAGGUUGGCCUCUACCAUCCAGGAACCAGACACAGGACCAUGGCACACCAGCAUUUGAAAUCCGUGCAGCUCUUCUGUCUCCUAGGGGCCAUCUCUACUAUGCCUCGGGUUGGGGCUCUUUUGUGCUAUGAAGCAACAUCCUCACUCUUCAGAGCUGUUACCCUGCAUAACUGGAAGUGGCUUCUUUUGAGGAGCAUGGUGUGUAAGUUGAGUGAGGGCUGCGAGGAGACGCUGGUGCUCAUCGAGACAGGGACCAGAAGGGGAGUUGUAGGGUUUAAAGGCUGCAGCCCAAUUCCAUCUUACCCCCAGCGAGUCUCCUACCUUGUUUCACCACCUGGAGUGUCCAUUGCCUCCUACAGCCGUGUCUGCCGGACAUAUCUCUGCAACAACCUUACCAGCUUGGAUCCUUUUGUGAAGCUCAAGGCAUACUACGCUCCUCAAACUAUAGAAUAUUCUUCCCAGAGUUGCCCAACCUGUGUGGGUGGGCACUCUACAGAUUGCUUGCCAAAUUUUGUCACCACUGAUCCUUGUCCCUAUCAUGCACCUAAGUGUUACAGUUCCACCUUAAAAUUUCAGGCAGGGUUUCUGAAUACCACCUUUCUCCUCAUGGGCUGUGCUGCUGAGCAGAACAACAUUUUAACACAAUUUCAGAAUAUUGGGAGCAUGAGAGUGACUGAGGUGAUCAACAUCUUAGAGAAGGCCCAGAUUGGUGGUGCACAGUCCUCCAGUUGGGGUCCUGCUUGGGCUGUCGUCUUAGGCAUCCUGCUUGCCUUCAGGCACUGAUGAUGUAGCUGGACCAAACACCCAGACCCCUUUAUAUAACCAAAUAAACUCUUAAAGUUGACUUUCUGCUUUGUCCUGUGAUCCAUGAGUGUUGUGGAGACAUGGAAGCCGUGAGGAGUGCUAAGUCAAGAAACAAGUUGAACUACCUGAGGCCCCAGACCUGGCCUUUUCUGAUAGCUUGGAUCAGUGGGAUCUGAAGCACAGGUACCUGUAGUUGGCCCCAGAAAUUAGACUGGCAUGAAGACCUGGAUUACUAUGGCAGUAAGGUCACGAUCACCCCAGGGUCACCUCUGAUGUCUGUUUCAACAUUUCUGUAAUGUCAGCACUUGGAAUCACUUUUCAGUCCACAUGAUGCCACCUCACCAAUGUAAAAACUUCUAAGGACAUUCCAUCUCUACCAUUGAGUAUUCCUGUGCUUUCAAAAAAGGACUAUCUAUUCCUGGGGUCCUCAUCAGUGUCCAGACACCACCCAUUCCCGGGAGGAGGAGGAGCUGUGAUGCUGACAACUUCUCAUGUGCCCUCACCAUUGUGACAUGACCUGCUCCUGUCCUCUGAGGGACAAGGUGUCCCCUCACCUGUGGAGAUGGCACAACUGAGACCAGAGGAGGCGCCCUCUGCUGGCCUGUGAUGUUCACUGUACAAGGACAAGGUCAGCUUGCAUGUUUGUGCUUUAUUGACUCAAUACAAGUCUUCUAGGACAUUCCAUCCCCAACACUGAAUUUUCAUAAGAGCUCAGAAAACUGCUUUUCGGAGUGACUAUUUCACUGUGGCUACUCUGUGACCUCCAUUUUCACAAGAGGCUCCUUUGACAUAACUCACAGCUGUGCUUCUCUCAUUUCAUCUUUGCUUUGGACCCCAGCCCUGACCUGUGAUGAGUGACCAUUUCUCUCUGGCUACUCUGUGACCUCCAUUUCCAUGUGAGGCUCCUUUGACAUAAACUCCCAGGACACUCAGUGAUUUCGGAGAGCCCAGGAGUCCUUGUGUCAAGAAGGUGAAGACAGUUUGUGCAGCAUCAGCAUGAGGGGUUGCUGGCACAGGAAGGAGAAGCCUUAAUUGCUGGUCCAGCCAUGAAAGGAGUUGAAUUUCUCUGUGACACUUCCCCAGGACCAGAAGAAAAUAGUCAUCACCAUCCAGGCCCGGAAGUGGAAUAAGGAAAAAGGAUGGAAGCUUUGUGAAAAAAAUUUACCAGCUCUAGUUUCCCAGGACACUCUCAGUGAUUUCGGAGAACCCAGGAGUCCUUGUGUCAAGAAGGUGAAGACAAUUCAUGCAGCAUCACGAUGAGGGUUGCUGGUACAGGAAGGAGAAGCCUCAGGUGCUGGUCCAGCCAUGGAAGACCUGACUCAGAUCUGGAAGCUGGAUGCCCUCAGGACAAUGACUCUGAACAAUGGCUGGUGUCAGGGAGCCCAGAGAAGCCCUAGGGUGAAGGAGGCAGGUCAGUGACUGCAGAUGAUCUUGGGGUGACUCUGAUCUUGUGGUCUCUGUGACUCUGACUCAGUGUCUCUAUCUCCUGGAACUCAUGACCCUCAGUAACUAG